UUGAAUAUAUAAUUAUUACUUUGAAUCUUCAAAGCUACUCGUAUUGUUCACACAAUAUAUAUUUAUAUAUAUAUAUAUGGAAUAUCUAACCUAAAUCUGUUUUUUUUGCAAAAUUUAAAAUUGCAAAUGUAUUAUUCAAAUAAUUGUGAUAUUGGAGGAAAUUAAAUUGAAGAUGGAAAUUAACAUCAAAGAGAGAAAGAUCAGGAAGAAGGAGAGACAAGACGAAGAUGGAAGAGAAGGCAUUAGCACGACAGCAGCAGCAGCAGCAGCAAAUGUUGGUUCAACAUCAUCAACAACAACAACAGUUCCUACUCUUACAACAACAGAUCCAACAACACCACAAACAACAACAACAACAAGCAAUCUCUCGUUUCCCUUCCAAUAUCGACGCUCAUCUCCGACCUCAAGGACUUCUUCACCGUCCCAUCAUCAACCCGCAACAGCAACAGAAUUCAAACCCCAACCCCAACCUUAUCCCUAAUCAACAGCAACAGCAACAACAUAACCCUCCUAAUUCAAAUCCUCCUCAUCCUCCUCAACAUCAACAAUUGCAGCAACAGAAGGUCAAUCAUCGACCCCCACCAAACCAGAACCAGAACCAGGCUCCGGAGCUCCAGAUGGCUUACCAGGAUGCCUGGCGAGUCUGUCAUCCCGACUUCAAACACCCUUUCUCUUCCCUCGAAGACGCUUGUGAGAGGCUACUGCCUUAUCAUGUGGUGGCAGACUAUGAAGCAGAAGAGGAUGAUAGAAUCCUUGAUUCUGACACAACGGGCCAGAUGGUGUCUCGCUCCCAGCAAUGGGACCACAACAUUGCUGCCAAAGUUGCAGAGUUCAUGGUCACAUUUGAGAAGCAGGCUCUUGCCUUCAAUAUAAUUUCCCGCAAGCGUACUGUUGGUGAAUUCCGGUCAGAGGAGAGGUUGAUGAUUGAGCAGGCUCUCCUACAAGAAGAGAGGAGAGCUGUGUUCGAAGUGAGGGCAGAAAUGGAGUCAAGGGAGAAGGCUGGCAGAGAGGCUCAUGAGGCUAAGUUGAGAAUGGCAGCAGCGAUGGUUCAGGCAGAGCAAGCUCGGGUGGGGUCACAGGCUCAUGCAGAGAUGAUGGCUCGAGCUCCAAUUCGAGCGAGUGCACUUGGGUCUCAAGGCAAUGAUGUUGGGAUUGGUGAUGACAUGUCUGAACAGGAUGAAGGAGUUAAUAAUGAUGAAAUGAUUAAUGGAUGGGGAAACAAUAUGCAGAGAGAUGAGAAAGAGCCAUCUGAGGAUUUCUUGAAUGAUGAGGAGACGGAAAAUGGAGACACAGGCAUGCAGAAUGAGUGGCAUGAAGUGGGAGAGUUCGAUUUAAAUACAAGAUAAACCUCGAAAUGGUGUUUAGGAGAGCUCAUGGUAUGGACAAUCAAAGAAGUUUGGGCUGUAAGUUGAUAUGGGUGAAGUGGGUAGAUAAUCUUUAAAAUGGAUAGGUAAAAUGUUGCCAUUUCAUGGAUAGGACAGUAAUAAUAGUGGCAUGUCUACCACCAAGUUGACACCCAUGCAUGGGUCUGUAAGUCUGUUGUCGAAACAUGUUCAUAAAUCAAGACUCUACUUGGGCUUUCCAAUGAGAACUUUGAUUUGCAUUAUUUUUUGUAUUCACAUUGCAGUUCUUCUCUUGUUUAAGUAAA